CAAAAAGAUAAUAUUGUGCGUAUAGAAGAAAUUAGUAAGGAGGAAGCAAGAAAUAUUUUUCAAUGGAAAUAUCACAAAAUAACAGAAGAAGUAAUAACUAUUUUGGAAACUCCCCAAGACGCCUAUCAAAAGAAAAUUGCUUUGUUUAAUUUCUUAAAAGAUUUGGAAAAGUGCGGUUAG